UUGUUUUUUUUUUUCCGAUAAUGACAGGAAUAAUUGUUGUUGUUAUUUGUGACAUUGAUCUCAAGCAUAUUUUCCAUGCAUGUUUCCCUGGUUUUCUCUCAUAUCCGAUUUUCUGCAGAGGUUGAUGAGGUUUUUUUAUGUUUCUAUGAAAAUUGUAUACCGCUCUAGAAACAGAAAGCGCUCGCGCUAUCAAUUUGUCGCACGCACGAAUUCACUCGUCCAAUACAGCGAAAACCCGAAAUACCCUAUCAGUCUUAUCAGAACAAAUAUAACAAUAGUCUUGUGAACUACGUCAGUACUUAAAACUUAUAAAACCUCAAUAGCUUGCCAAAGUUAUAAAUAACCACCUUUUCUGCUGGACUGACGGUCAGACUUAAGACACACUCACUAAAAUAAUUUCUUAAUAUUAUGGGCUGUUUUUAUGACUCAGCCGUGCGGAGAGUACUCUUCAUAAACGCAAACCGCACAUGAGCGCGUAAAUUCUAAUGAAUAUGAAGUGUUUAUUCGAAUUGAAGGAGUAGAUUAAAAUUAGUAUCUUGAGUGAAGGCUUCAAUGUGUAUCCGACCUUAGGGUACAUCCUGCCCUCAUUGUGAUUAAUGACUCGAUAUUGAAAUUUCGAAGAAAUUCAAGACACGCAUAAAUACUAAGUCAUAAAUACUCAGAGCAGUGGCGGAAGCAUUCCAAUCGCUCCAUAUUCUUCCUAAGAAACCGUCCAAAAAUGUGGUGGUUUUGGCUCUUAGGAUGGCUUCUUACCAUGGUGACUGUAAUUGGAAACGGAGUCGUGAUUUGCUUGAUCAUCUGUAUUCGUCGUUUACACAAUGCAGCUAACUGGUCAGUGCUUUCCCUUGCCUUCGCGGACUUGUUCGUAGGACUCACUUUUUUUCCUUUACUUCUCGCCAUGAAGAUCGAUAGCCUGAACGAUCCUGAACACGAAAACUUGGGUCCGUUUUUCUUGGUAUCCAGGACAUUCCUUUAUUUCUCGGCUACAAAUCUGUUCGUGAUGAUUGUGGACCGAUACAUCGCCAUUGUUCAUCCACUGAGGUAUCUGUCGAUAUUGUCACCAAAGGUGAUCAAAAUUUCUAUCACAGUGGCGUGGAUUUUACCAUUGGCAUUAUUUACUUUGCCUCGAGGCCUGUACGUCCGAAAUAAAUAUCUACUUGUUUUAAGAGUUUGUACCUUUCAAGUCGUUCCAGCAAUUGUAUUUGUAUUUGUUGCUUGUCGAAUAUUGUGUAUCUUACGCAAGAUUUCGGAAAGGAGAUCAAAGAUUUUUGCCCAACUUCGUUUUAAUCACGCGCCGAAAUACCCCUCUACCGUGCUGAGAUCGAGCAAAGAGAGCAAAGCUGCUGCCAAAAUGACAAUGGCGAUCGGGUUUCUUUUUAUUAUCUUAUACGUCGUUGAGAACUACAAGUGUUUCUGCUUUGUGUUCGAGUUAUGUGAAACCACAGCAUCACUUGAUCUAGCUAUUGAUUUGCUAUUUUUGAUUAAUUCUGCCUCCAACCCAAUAGUGUACGCUUUUCUGAAGAGAGAUAUAAGAACUGCUAUUCAGAGUUUUUUGGCGCGUAGGAAAGUACACGUUCAAAACAUUUCAACUGGAACAGAAAGGACUUCAAGCAUGCCCAGCUAAGGCAGAGAAAGAAGAGCUGAGUAGAAUCUCUGAAAAAGAACUUUUACUAACUGAAAAAAUACGCCGUCUUGUCUGCAAUCUGUUGGCGACUUCUAAAGGAAUCUUAAAGACGAACGCUGUAACACCCAAGAUCCGAUUUGUAGCUUUCUCUUCAGUUCAUUCUCAUUGCUUUGUAAAUUGCUAAACUAAUCAGAAUUCUGGUCACUGCGUGUUUAAUGGAUGAUGUAUUCAUUUAUGCCUAAAGUCAAAUCUUAAUAGCCUCUGGAAGUUCAAAGGUUAGAACUUGGUCAUUACGGUUCACUGGAAGAAGAACAGUUUCAAGAUGGAUAUGUGAAAAAUAAAUAAAUUAAUUAAUUAAUGGACAGAUGUACAAGUAAAUGAACAAACAAAAAAUUUUAAGAAAGUAAAAACAAUUGUUUCAGAAUCCCU